AUGAAGGGCCGCCCCGUCGACGAGCUCGUCUACGAGUGGAUGUUCCCCAAGCCAAAGUCCACCGACCCCCAGACCUUCAACGCUCUUCUCCAGCGCAGCCUCGUCCCCGAGGUCCGCCAGGAGACGCAGGCCUUUUACGGGCACCUCGAGACCCAGGAGGCUAAGUAUCCCGGUCUCGACUACACCCACGCCACCCACCGCAUCCGCCUCAGCCGCUGGCCCUGGCACUGCCGCCUCUUUCGCGCCUUCAAUGCCCUCGGCCUCACCCACGCCGAGAUCGCCACCCUGACCAAGUGGGAGGGCACCAAGUGGGCAAAGGAAAAGUUUGAGAAGGAGCAGGGCGUCACCAUCCGAGAUACCACGGCCGACGGCUUCCCCGACUGGGUCGAGCCCACGGAUCUACGACGCGUGCCUCAGGACAGGACCGCCCCUGUCCGCAGCCUCGGCGUGCUCGAAGCCAACGACGAGGAAGACGACGACGACGAGAGCGACGACGAGCUUGAGAGCGUCGGCCUCGAGCUCAACGAGCGCCUCCGCGCUCAGGCCGCCAGGCGUGAGGCCGGCGAGACGUCAGCCGUCUUGGACGAAGAGUGGGAGCAGUGGCUCAAGUCUGUAAUCGAGACGGGCGAGCUCGACAUCAUCACCGCGCAAAUGACGGAUCCAAUGUUCCACCGAGCCACCUCGAGCUCAUCCGCCAUUCCCGCCGCCCUCAUCCCACCCACCAUGCUCACCGCCGCCAGAGCGGGCCACUGGACCGAUAUUCCCGAGUUCCUCCAACCCGUCCUACAACGCACCCUCGAGGCCGAAGGUUCCCACCGCGCACCCCCGCGGUCGGCGGCCCCGUCCAGCUCCUCUUCCAGGCGGCAGGUCGCCGACGACCAGACCCGCGUGCGAGUUCCCUGGCCCAGACGGACCUACUCGGACCUUCGCUUGCCGGUCGGGGACGCUUCGCGUACGGCCCAGGCUCGCGGCGCCUGA